UAAGUCAACGGUAGAUUUCGUUAAUUCAAAGCGUGGGAAGUAGGUGAUAAAGUUACCUCAUUGACGGGAAAACUUUUAAGUUAUAUCACCCCUGUGUGUGCGAUAUCUAUGCAUGAUAACGAAGUCGCCAUGACCUUGCUUAUCAUUACAUAAAAUGUACCUUUAUUUCAUACUGUAACAAGUCUGGCAGACCGAUAUUAUCUUCCAUUACCUGUAGUAUACGAUAAUAUUUUAACGGCGCUAAGUCCAGUUCAUAUAUCGUUACUUAUUGUUAUAGACGUCAAAAAUCGAUUGCGUUAUUUGAUAGUUCAUUAAACUGAUGUCGCAAUUGAACGCUGGAUUUGAUAGUUCAUGAAACUGGUGUCGAAAUUGAACGCUGAAUUUUUAAUAUUCCAUGAUACUGGUGUCGAAAUUUAACGCUGAAUUUAAUAGUUCAUGAAACUAGUGUCGCCAUUAAAAAUUAAUUAAAUUAUAAAAUAGCUCGCAUACUUCAUAUUUGAUCACAUGCUGGUUACGUUGUGACGGCAUCAUGCCAACACGUCACCGCAAAAGCCUGCCUGAAGGCUGCCAUCGUACUCUCCCCACCAACGGGGAGAAGGUAGAGGGGAUGAUGCCCCCCAGACCGCGACGUAACACUUUAGAGGCUCACCACAAAAUACCUACAAUAAACUGCACUUACAACACCGAACCUCGCAAUAGAAAAACGGGUCGGGCCAUCAGUAUGAAUGAUUGUUCUUCUCCGCCGCCCACGGCUCCUCGUUCCAGCUUCUCAUUCUCGACACACACGCUUUUCUCGCCGUCGUCUUCUCCUCGUCGAACAAGUGGCUUCUUGUCGCCCAGCAUUAGCGAGGAGCCCUUGCUAUUAGGAGCCUCUUCUUCAGGCUCUUCCAACUACGAUGCCUCGCCUUUGCCAUCCUCUUUGAGCCCUAAACCCAGCUCCCCACGCCCCUCAUUUUCUUCUUCGUAUUCAUUAUCGAAUUCUCAGUCUCACGAAAUGGCCACCCUACUUACUCAUCCGUACAUCUCUGCCCCACUCCCCACCUCCACACAGCUUCCUGUAUACGCGGAAAUGGAGGACUUUCGGGGCCUAUUAUUUAAUGCAUCCGACAUCUCGACUGAAAUGCACUUUAUCAUGCCCAACGGCGUGCUCAUAAUCCUCAGGGUUAGUAACUCCGCCUCACUGGCCGAAAUAAAGUCUGAUCUGUGGGAGAAAGCACGUGAGUAUCCGCUUUAUGGUCUCCUACACGACAUGAACAACUAUCACUUCGCGACUCCUGCUAAACGCAGUACGUCGAAGCUCCCUAAUGCCCCUGCCGAUAUCGUCGAACUUCUCGACGAAGAGAUCACUUUGAAAGAGGUCGCUCCCUUCCUCACCUUUUUGAAGGUUAUUGAAAGGAAAGGCAAUGAAGCUGAAAAAAUUCUAAACCAUGAAAUAGGAAAACUUAUCGACAAGAAUCUUGCUGACUUCGCAGCUCUGAAAAAUCCCGAAGUUAAUGAGUUUCGAUGGAAAGCGAAAGACCUCUGUGACGAAGUUGUUAAGGAGAGGGCAAGUUGGCCAUGGAAGAAAAGAGUCCAAUAUAAAUAUCCAUGCAGCAUUGAUCCCUCCCAUACGAUGCCAUCUUACCUCGAAAAGAAGCUAAUCGAAGCGAACCAAAAACACAUUUAUGUGUCCGUAGCAUUUUCGUUCGAGGUGCGCCAGGUUGGAUCGACUUUUACUGUUCGCGUCGAGCCCGAUAUUCUACCCAACGGUUUGAUGGAGUUAGCCUUGAGUAAAUUCAAUACAAUUGAGCUCACUCGGCAACCGUCUGGUAUUUUUGAUAAAUCUAAGUACAUUUUCAAAACUCUCGGGAGGGAAGAAUAUCUGGUGGAAGAAGUGCCCUUGUUCCGGUACAUAAACGUCCAAGAUCACUUGGCGACGCGAGAGCAGCAUGCUUUGCGGCUCAUUGUCGUUGAAAGAGAUCAGAUAGACGUUAGUGAAAACGAAAAUCAGUACAUGGAAAUCAAAGGACCAGAUGCGACGAGUGACGGCGUCCGUAAAUCCUUCUCCAACAUGACCCUUAGCAAAAAGAAAAGCCUUAACGUCGUGUCUUCGUGGACAGUGAGCGAAGAUUUCAGAGUUGAGUUGGGUAGCAUCUCUAAACUGAACUUGAUAGGUCAAGGUACCACUGCGGUGCGUGUGGUUGGAGGUCUGUAUCACGGAUCUCUGGCUCUCUGUGGGAAGCAACAAACGGAUCCUCGGCAGGUUAAGAAUGACGAUGUGAACAUCGAUAGUUCCUUAACAUUCGACAUCGCCGUAUGCGACUUGCCCCGAAGCGCUCGUCUCUGUCUCGCUAUCUUAGAAGAGCCGUCGCCCCUGCAGCACCAGCAAACACAGAAGAGGAAAGAGGAACCUAGAGGCGUGGCAUGGGUCAACAUUUCCGUGUUUGAUUACCGAAGAGGCUUGAGAAGAGGGGCCAUGACUCUCUACUGUUGGCCGGCGCAACACAGCAUGGACUUGCCUAAACCUCUUGGUACGGUGGUAAGCAACCCUGAUCACGAAGCUGCCACGGCCAUAACGCUGACGUUCCCUCGCUANUAUGAACUAAUAUCCUUCCCAGACUACUGGACUGUGUUGACUGGAACUCCAGAAUUCAGAUGGUGGCAGGUGUCGCAAGUGACAGAACUGCUGGACAAGUGGCCCAUGAUGGAGCCACGCUACGCCCUCGAGCUGCUGGACUACAACUACGCCGAGCCUGUCGUGCGCGACUACGCGGUUGAGUGCAUCGCUAAGUUCAGCGACGAGGACCUGUUGCUGUACCUGCUGCAGCUGACACAGGCGCUUAAGCACGAGAAUCACCUGAACUGCACCCUGGCAGAGUUCCUCCUGCGCCGCGCCCUCAACAACACUAAGAUCGGCCACUUCCUCUUCUGGCAUCUCAGGUCUGAGAUGCACGUGCCUUCCGUAUCCAUCAGGUUCGGACUGAUCCUGGAGGCGUACUGCAAAGGUGCCCAGGAGCACAUGAAGAUCCUGUCAAAGCAGCUCGAGGCGCUCACCAAGUUUAGGGAUAUUCGUGCACACGUCAUGAAGCAGAAGAGUGGCAAGUCCCGCGAAGCGCUGCAGGAGCUCAUUCGCAACGACGAAAUGAGACUCGCCUUCUCCAACUUCCGUAACCUGCUCGACUCUACGCAGAACCUGUGCCUUAUAAAAGCCGAAAGUUGCCGAAGCAUGGAAUCAAAGAUGGCGCCGCUGUGGCUGGUGUUUGAGAACGAGGAAGGCGACGACGUGUCGUUGCUUUACAAGUACGGUGACGAUCUCAGGCAAGACAUGCUCACGCUCCAGACCAUCCGAAUCAUGGACAAACUUUGGAAGAAGCGCGGCCUCGACUUCAAGAUGAAUCCGUACCGCUGCAUGUCGACGGCUAAUGUGGAGGGUCUCAUUGAGGGCGUGAGGCAAGCGACGACCAUCGCGAACAUCCAGCGCGACAAGGGCAUGCUGGCAGCGACCUGCCCCUUCAGGAAGGGUUCUCUGCUCGAGUGGCUGAAAGAGAAGAACACGACAGAGGCUCUUCUGAACAAAGCGGUGUCGGAGUUCACGAUGUCGUGCGCUGGAUACUGCGUUGCCACUUACGUCCUGGGCAUUGCUGACCGUCACUCAGACAACAUCAUGAUCAUGGAGAAUGGACAACUUUUCCACAUAGAUUUCGGCCACAUUCUGGGACACUUCAAAGAGAAGUUUGGCUUCAAGAGAGAGCAUCAGCCCUUUGUGCUAACCCACGACUUCAUUUAUGUGAUCACCAAAGGCAGCACAAGCACUGGAAGUCCUAAGCAGUCUGGCGAGUUUGAAAAGUUCAAGAAGAACUGCGAAGAAGCUUAUAUGAUUCUGAGGGAGUAUGGAACGUUUAUCAUAUCGCUAUUUGCUAUGAUGAUCAGCACAGGGCUGCAGGAGCUACAAGACGAGCGAGACCUCGCCUACAUCAACGACAGACUGCAGCUGAGUCUCAGUGACGAGGACGCUCUGCAGCAUUUCAGGAAGGAGUUUGGCGAAGCCAUGAAGAACACCUGGAAAACUUCCCUUAAUUGGGCCUUCCAUGCCAUGGCUAAAGAUAAUCGAUGAGACUGGGCCUAGCAUACGAGUGGACGACGUCGCUCAACUGGGCCAUCUUAAGGAUAAUCUUACGAUCAGCCGAAGGAUAAUCGAUGAGAUUUACCAGCUGGAAGAGGGAGCUGGGCUUGCGUAGGAGUGGAAGAGGUCGCUCAACUGGGCCGUCUUAAGGAUAAUCUUACGAUCAGCCUAAGGAUAAUCGCUGUACCUGAGCGUAACUAGCAAAAGAUCUGAGUAUAGGAAUCGCCUUUUCAUUUCGGUCGGUUGUGUUUUCAAGAUGACGACUUCGUUGAAUAUUAUCUUCUGAAUUAUUUUUUAGCGCAUUUUCUCGUUGAUGGAAAAAUGCACUAUUG